UUGGUUGUACCACGAUCAUCAAGCUCUCGAGACUCCAUCAGUGCUAGCAAUGGCAGCGUCAACUGCGCCGACUUCUCAAACACACCCAGCUUCGCUACCACCAUCGGCCCUGUAUACCAUCAUCCGCGAUAAAACCACGAGUCGUGGAGAUUUCUUAUUUUACUCUGACCGGAUCAUUCGUCUACUCGUUGAAGAAAGUCUAAAUCAUCUCCCUGUGGUCCCAAAGACAGUGGAGACUCCAACGGGCGUUACGUAUGAAGGCGUUGGUUUCGAGGGUAAGAUAUGUGGAGUAUCAAUCCUGCGUGCUGGCGAGGCCAUGGAAGCUGGUCUUCGAGAAGUAUGCCGUAGCGUGCGCAUAGGGAAGAUUCUGAUUCAACGAGAUGAAGAGACCGCUCUUCCCAAGCUCUUUUAUUCCAAGCUUCCUGAAGACAUCGCAUCCCGAUACGUGCUUCUCCUUGAUCCGAUGUUGGCUACUGGAGGCUCCGCUAUGAAGGCAGUUGAGGUUUUGCAGGAACAGGGCGUUCCAGAAGAGCGAAUUAUCUUCAUCAACUUGAUUGCAGCACCAGAAGGCCUGAAGAGAUUUUGUGGUAGAUUCCCCUCUUUGCGCGUGAUCACCGGAUGGAUAGAUAAAGGCCUGAAUGAAAAAUCCUACAUUAUUCCAGGUCUGGGUGACUUUGGAGAGCGAAGAUAUUGCGAGUGAAGGAUCGCGAGUAAUGUCAACCAUCGUGCUCUCGCAUGAAUUUCAUGCAACAUUCAAGUCCUUGGUCCUCCAUACCUUUCGUCAAAUAAAUGAUUGAGCUUGUAGAAGCGACAUUGAUACUAGGCCAGUAAUAAUCCAUGCUAGUGAUAUCAGCUAAGAGGAGCGCCUGCGGACCUCGGCUGGAAUAAACAAAAGACUACACAAUUGUUGGCGUUGACUCGCUUGCCAAAUUAACUAACACUUUCCCUCGUACUCGUCCCAAGCUUCUUCCUAUGUCUCGCACUGUCCGGUACCAUCAAUUUGACAGAAUGCGCCUUUGGUGCCGGUCGCCAAAACAGUGGAGGGACUGAGCGAAGAGUAUCGAUAGAAUGACUGUGCUCUGUGGAUGCG